AUGGAUAUAUCAGGUGGUAUUACGGAAUGGCAAGAUAUUGUCUCACCAUUACAUAACAGUAUGAAUCGGAACAGUAAUAAAAGGAAAGUUUCUGGACCAAUUGUUCUAAAGGAAGCAAAGGUACAGAAGAAAAUCGUCAAGGAAUCAGCAUCGGAUGCCAGUGACGAUAUAGAAAGCGCUCAGUCAUCCUCAGUAGAUCUUCAUUUUUCUCCUAGUCAAAUUGCAAAAAUUGUCGAGGAAUUAAGAACAAAGGUGCAACAAAAAAAGAAAAUCUUGUCGAAAAAAUUUUUGGGAUUCAACGAUUUUGAUGAUAUUGAUAUGCCACCAGGAGGAACUAAAGAAAUGCUCAAGAUCGACUUACGCAGGUGUUUGAAAGAAGCAACAUUAUUGUCAUCGAUGACAGUACCCACUGCCCUUGAGUUGUUGCAUGCGUUCUUGGAAGAAGGUCAUAGUAUUACAAUGGAUCCAACAUUUCCUAAAAAACCACCAAAUGCUUUUUCAAUAUUUAUGCGAAAAGCAGGACAUAGCAGAUUCUCAUCGGAUGUAAGUGCAUUCUGGAAUAAUGAGUCGAAUGCAGCUGAAAAAGCAGAAGCAAAAAAGGAAGCUUUACAAUUAAUGGAAAAAUACUUGUCAAAUUUGCAUGCUUACAGAGAAACACACCAAGAAUUAACGCUAGCACAUCGAAAUUAUGUGGAUAAUGCAAUUUCGAUUGCGCAGAAAGCCAUAAGUAAAUCAAAAGGGAUGAAAACUAAUAAUAGCAACAGAAAAUCCGUUAAGAAGAAAGGACCGAAAACAGCCUUCGAUCUCUUUGCAAUCAGUAUGGCUAAUAAAUAUGUUGAUUUGGAACCCGAAAAACGAGAAAAAAGACUGCGGAAGAAAUUUGAUAAAUUGAGUGAAGCCGAAAGAGAAAUUUACGAUAAUUUGGCAGCAGCACUUUAG